UGAGAGGAUCCGGGCUAGGGCGAAGGAGAGCGAGCAAGCAAGAAUGUCGAGGCGCUAUGACAGUCGCACCACGAUCUUCUCGCCCGAGGGGCGGCUUUACCAGGUAGAGUACGCCAUGGAGGCGAUCAGCAACGCGGGCGCUGCGAUUGGGGUUUUGGCUCGCGACGGCGUCGUCCUGGCGGCGGAGAAGCGCGUCACAUCGAAGCUCCUCGCCGCGUCGCGAUCCACAGAGAAGAUGUACAAGAUCGAUGGGCACGUCGCGGCGGCGGUGGCAGGGAUCAUGGCCGACGCCAACAUCCUCAUCAACACCGCCCGAGUCGCCGCCCAGGGCUACACGCUCUCGUACCAGGAGCCCAUGCCCGUGGAGCAGCUCGUGCGAUCGCUGUGCGAUACCAAGCAAGGCUACACGCAGUUUGGCGGCCUCCGCCCAUUCGGGGUGUCGUUCAUCUUCGCCGGCUACGACUCGAGCUAUGGCUUCCAGCUCUACAUGAGCGAUCCCAGCGGCAACUAUGGCGGAUGGAAGGCGGGGGCGAUCGGGGCGAACAACCAGGCCGCGCAGUCGAUGCUCAAGCAGGACUACAAGGAUGAGAUCACGAGGGAGGAGGCGGUGGCUCUGGCGCUCAAGGUUUUGAGCAAGACGAUGGAUAGCACCAGCCUCUCGGCGGAGAAGCUGGAGCUGGCGGAGCUGUAUGUGGUGCCCGAGAGCGGGGCGGUCAAGUACGAGGUUUGCUCGGCUGCCAAUCUCAACAAGCUGCUCGUCAAGCACGGGAUCACGGUCGCGUCCUCGUCUGGUGCUGAUGAAUCGUGAUUGCUUAGUGCUUUGUGACACACAUUCACCCUAUAUUACCACGAUUGCCCAAAGCCUUUUCAAGGUGGAUGAUGUGUGCUUUAAGAAAUGAGAGCUGGGAGUAUAUUCUAAGCAUAAUUAAAUUCAGGCUCAGCGGUU